CGGACGAAGUCAAUUUAAAAAUCAAAUUAUUCCAAUUGGAAAACAGAUCUUUAUCCAGUUGAUUAAAUUUUUGCCAACGAAAAGAGGUCAAGGUGAUAAAAUUUGAUAAACAACACCUUUUAAUUAAGUUGGGAGCAUUUUAAUUGUUGUCUCUCGCGAUCGUGGGCGUCCCUAAGGUCGCAGGAAGCCCCAAUUGACCCACAUUUGCGAAAAAAUCAACACCUGAAGACUGUCAAGGCUUCUACGCGCGAAAAAAUAGAACGGAAGUUUAAUUCAUUUGCAAAAACGUUAUUGAUGAUGAGAGACAAGGAUUUAGGCGUGGAGGGGGCUCAAAUAUUGCUCCACCAAGACAGAUAAAACAAAAAGAUUAAGAGCUUUGGGACAGUUGACAAUGUGCUCCGAUACCAAAUCAGAUCACAGCACUGACGAUGACAGCGAGCCGGGGAAAACCUCGCAGUACCAGCCCUUGCAGGAGAAGCGGCCCCAGAGUUGGAAAAAAUGCACUUGGAAGGGAGUCGUAGCCCAGAGUUUUGUGACCGGGGCGGUGAUGUUGAGCUCGGCGAGCUGCGGCAUGCCGGUGGGGUACUCCGCGGUGCUGCUCCCCCAGCUCAAGUACCCCAACGAGUCGCUGCGAAUCGACGACGAAAUUGGUUCUUGGAUAGCAAGUGUCCAUUCCGCCGCCACCCCGUUCGGCUCUCUCCUCAGCGGCGUUUUAAUGGACCGUUGCGGCAGAAAAUUAGCUUUACAAAUAGCUUCGCUCCCUUUAAUUCUCGGCUGGAUCCUCAUCGGACUCGCCCCCAAUCACGCGGUCCUGCUAGCAGGCCGCGUGGUCGCAGGCCUAUCCGCAGGACUCACAGCCGCCGCAGGACAGGUCCUGAUUGGGGAAAUUUCCGAGCCGCAUCUCCGCGGCAUGUUCUCGAGUGUUCCUUUCGCGAGCUAUUCCUUCGGGAUCCUCCUCGUUUACGCGCUCGGCUCGGUGCUCCCCUGGCGGGUAGUUGCAGGCUUAAGCACGGUUUUGCCCGUUCUUGCAAUCACGAUUUUCUUUUUCCUGCCGGAAAGUCCGGUCUGGCUGGUCCGGAACGACAAACCGGACGAGGCCAGAAAAGCACUGGUGUGGCUUCGGGGCGGGAAUUCGCUUCAAGCUCGACUUGAGACGGAGCAUUUGACCGAACGGAUUGAAAAGGAGCAAAAAAUCGGCAAGACGGCCACUAGCACCGGAAAUGUGAUUUUCAGGCCGGAGGUCAUCAAACCAUUCAUCAUAAUUAACUUAUUUAACGUCAUGCAAAUUUUCUCGGGGACCUACAUUAUCGUGUUUUACGCCGUUGAUAUUUUGAGUCAUAUUAAUAACCAGAAUUUGGACCACUUCAUGGCUGCGGUUUUAACAGCCGGUGUUCGGUUUAUUUUUUCAAUUGUGGCGUCUGCCCUUCUGGCCCUCAUCGGUCGCCGGGCGUUAGCCCUCACUUCCGGGCUCGGAACCACAAUUUCGGCCCUUUGUCUCGGCACUUUCCUCUACCCGCGUGACAAUUGCGCGGUUUCCGACUCCGGGGGCUAUUUCGCCGCCCUCUGUGUGCUGCUGUACGUAGCUACAAACACUGUCGGUUUCAUGAUUCUACCCGGAGUUAUGCUCGGUGAGCUGUUUCCUGCCAAAGUCCGGGGUUUGGCGGGAGGUUUGACCUUCAUGGUUUUUAAUUUCGUGCUUUUUGCAACGGCCAAGGCGUUUCCGGUUGUGAAAAAUGUAGUGGGGGUGCAUGGCGUAUUUUGGAUUUUUGGCGGCUCGGGUCUGUUUGCCAGCAUUUUUCUUUAUUUGAUGUUACCCGAAACUAAGGGCAAGACGUUGAGUCAGAUUGAGGAUUACUUCCAGGAAGGGAAUGUCACGUGGGUGGCCCGCAGGAAGGGAGAGGGGGAUAAGACUGAACACGUGUGAUAAAUAAAAUAUUUAUUAAAA